GAUUUUCCUCUCUAUCUCUCUCUCUCUCUCUCUCUUCCCCUAAUUCUCCUCCUGUGAGGCCAACGCAACUAAUAUUAGAUUAGCAACUUAGGAGCAAGCUAUCUAGGUUGUGGAUAGAGAGAGAGAGAGAGAGAGAGAGAGAGAGAGAGAGAGAGAGAGACAAAAAAUUACUAAAAUUAUGAUAAUAUGGAAGAUGAUCAGCAACGUUCAAAGAGUACUCCUAGGUGGUGGUGGAAGAGACCAUUCCAUGACUUAUUAUUAGUCGGUACUACUGCUGCUACUGCUUCUACUAUGUCUACUCUAUGAUCGGUACUAUUGCCAAGGAGCUGUUGAUCAUCAUCAUCAUCAUCAUCACCACCAUCAUCGUAUUAAAUAUUUCGCCCCAAAUAAUAUUGUCGUUUUUGAUGAGUAAUUAGAGGACAUGGCUAAUUACCCGCAUUACCGGUCACAGUUCGGAGAUACGACGUUCACCAAAGUGUUUGUUGGAGGCCUUGCCUGGGAAACUCCCACCGAUGAAAUGCGGAGUUAUUUCGAACAGUUCGGCGACAUUCUUGAAGCUGUUAUCAUCACCGAUAAGAACACUGGCAAAUCUAAAGGCUAUGGAUUCGUAACUUUUCGCGAUCCUGAAUCGGCGAGGAGGGCUUGCGCCAACCCAAAUCCAGUGAUUGAUGGAAGGAGAGCAAAUUGUAACAUCGCUUCAUUAGGGAGGCCUCGACCAUCGCCCCCACGAGGAAGAAAUCAAGGUGGCAGUCCCUUUCAGGGAGGGUCACCACAAGGUCAUGCUGUACCGAGUUACAGUGGAUCAGUCCCCGCGCCAUUACCGCCGCCGCCACCACCGCCCCCUCCAGUUAUCUAUCAACCAUACGCCUACCCAACCUACACACCAGCUGAUUAUGGGUAUCACCAAGCAAUGUAUAACCCACAAGUCCAACAGCCAGCACAGUACUACCAUCAACUGUACGGAACUGCAUCAUCUUCAACAAUGAAUACUCCAUACUACUACGGGUAUUCCUUGCAAUCUCCAAGAGGACCAUUUUCAACAGUGCCCCAGCCACAGCGUAUUGCUGGACCACCUUCAUAUCUCUACUACCCUAAUCCCCCUCACCACCUUGAAGGGUCAUUCUCUAGCUAUCCUUUUCAACCCACCACCACAAGGCAUCCUUUUCCCUCUCCCACUGAUUCACAGACUCAACAACGUGCCUCCACGGAAACAGAAGCUGGAGUCAGCACUUCGGAAAGUCCAAAUACCUAAAAGAAACCUUCCAUAUAUACAUGCUCUAAAAAGUUCCAGUUGUACAAUAAUCUCGUUGAAAUUAUUAGUUUUCAUCUCUUUCAAUCGUCUUUUUACCUAUUCUCAGCAUUUUAUUAAAAUUCUUUGGGUCCAAAGCUGUAACAUUCUGGCGAAACUGCUCCAAGAGACUACGACAUGUACCUUCUUCACAGCUUUGACAAGAAAAAGGAUA